AUGACGGAGCUUGAGGAUGUCAUCUCCAUUCCAGAGAUAAGUGAGAAGAUCAUCGAACGCCUUACAGACAAGAAGUUACUGGAACUUCAUUCAGACAAUUUCUGGCAAGCGUUCAAUUUUAUUCGUCCAUCAUUCUGGCGCAAACGAGCGUACCACAAUUAUCCGAACUCUGAACUUCUUUAUAAACUCCUCCUUGAUUUCAAGAUCGCUUCAUUCAACGACUACUGUACAUUUAUCAAAGCGUACCAAAAAGUCAGAAGCUUCAAAUCAAACCUCAUUCUGGAGACGGAUCAGAUGAUUGCCUACGAUCCUCAUCAGCAUACGAUCAACAGUAGCCAUUUUAUCAGCCUAUAUGAUAAAGAGUUCAAUAUUCGUGAUGCGAUUUUCCCCGCCGAGAGCGUCUUUUCCUUGACAAUUUUCCCAACGAACAAUCCGGACAAAUUACUCGUGACAACGACGAAUCCUGGCGACGAAGAUGAUUCUACCAUUGUCGAGAUUUUCUUUCUUUCAAUCGACAAAGCUGGGCAGAAACUCAAGCUCAAGUCUGUUUUCAAAGAAAGAUUCGAUUUGACAGUCUUCACCGCGUAUUACGCUCAGGAUGAAAAGAUCAUGUGCUUUUCGCACCGUUUCGACUCGAACGACUGGGAUGUCUCCAUCAUCGACAGUUCUACAUCGACAGCGACGGUCAUCGAGCACUCGGUUUUCCAGAACUUGAAGCCUCUUGGGUCCGAUUUACUGAAUGAUGGUUACCACUCCGGAACUCAAAUCAUGAAGCGUUGUCGCUCUGCUGCUUUUUGCGUUAUGAAUACUUCCACUAUACGAUUUCGAAAAUUCCAUAUUCCGAUGGAUCCAUAUUUUGACCUUUUCGUCCACGAUGGUUUCAUUCAAGCGCUUCCUCAUACAACUGAUCGGAGAAAACGCACUUUCGGGCGAUUCUUCAAACUCGUAGAAACCGAGGGUGAUUUUGAAGUUGUCGAGAUCCCGAUUGCUGAUUCUUUGGACUCAUUUUACCCGGACGAUAUUUCACGCGUCGGUUUUUCUAUAAACGGAACUUCAAACGAGGAUUCGAUUUACUUGACUCUCAGAACAUGGCCUCAAAGAUCCGCAGCUGAUAACUCAGUUAAAUUCCGCCUUCUGCACUACCAAUUCACUCCAAAGUACGAAUGA